AUGACUCUUUCCUUGCCAACCUCUAUCCGUUGCUCUUUUUUUUCUUGCAUCCCAAGCCACCGUGCGGCCGAACUCCGUCCCAUCUCCGCCGUAAAAGCUCCCAAGAAUAUCAAGAAGAUUGGAUCAGAGAUCUCCUCUCUGACACUCAAAGAGUCCCGCAUCCUCGCCGACUACCUCCACAACAAGUACGGUGUUUCUAUACUCUUUUCCGCCACUGCUGCAGCGGCAGCUGUCUUCUCUCCUCCCGUGGACGGUGACGGUGCCACGGCUACUGUGGAGGAGCAGACUAAGUUCGAUGUGGUUAUCAACGACGUGGCCAUCGGUCAUCGUAUUGAAGUGUCUAAAGCGAUUAGGGCUAUGAGUUGCUUGCCGUUGAUAGAAGUGAAAGAGCUCACACAAGAUUUUCCGAAGAUUUUCAAGGAAGGCGUGACGAAAAAUGAAGCAGAAGAAGCCAAGACACAGCUCGAAGAAGCUGGCGCCACGGUAUCUAUUGUUUAA